GCAGUUUACACGUCGCUGUCUCUCCUGAUUCAAUGAAGUUCCGUGUUGUCACACAGUAAAGCAAAAGUGUCGUUAAAACAUGUCUUAUAAACCAGUAACACACGUGCUUUUUGAUAUGGACGGAUUGCUAUUAGAUACAGAGAGGUUGUACACAGUUUCGUUCCAGGAAGUCUGUGACAGGUUCAAUAAGCAGUAUACCUGGGAAGUGAAGUCCUCCGUGAUGGGCAAGAAAGCUCUAGAGGCCGCCAGGAUCAUAAGAGACAAAAUUGGUCUCCCCAUGACCCCCGAAGAGCUUCUGGAGGAGACCAGAAAAAUUCAGGAGCGAUUAUUUCCCACAGCCUCUCUGUUGCCAGGUGUAGAAAAGCUUGUCAAUCAUCUGCACAAGCAUGGCAUUCCUAUUGCUGUUGGCACAAGCUCAGCAGGACUAACUUUUGAGAUGAAGACCAGCCGUCAUAAAGAGUUCUUCAGCCUAUUCAAUCACAUUGUUCUUGGAGAUGAUCCUGAAGUAAAGAAUGGCAAGCCACACCCUGACAUUUUUGUGGUUUGUGCCAAGAGAUUCUCUCCCCCAGCCAACCCUGAACAGUGCCUGGUUUUUGAAGACGCUCCAAAUGGGGUAAAGGCGGGUCUGGCAGCUGGAAUGCAGGUGGUGAUGAUCCCAGAUGAUAACCUGGACCGCAGCCUCACCCAGGAGGCCACCUUGUUGCUUAGAAGCAUGGAAGAGUUCAGACCAGAACUUUUUGGUCUCCCAGCCGACCUGUAAGGACAGUAAUCACCACAGUGAUUUAAAUUCCACUACGCUCUAUCUUGUCAAUUUUUGAAAAAAUGGAAUCAGGCUGCAGUGUAGCUCCUGCAAUCAAAAACAGGAGAGACUAAUCUUAACCAUUAUUUCUGUCAGCCAUGGAUUUGCUGUUCAAGGACACAACAGAAUGCUGAUUGUUUCGAUUUUUUUUUUUAGCCAAUCACAACUCCUAAAUCUCUUUCCUUUGACCACCCAAAUACCACAGAGACAAAUUUUGAUUAUGCUGCUCAAUUAGCCUCAGCUGAACCAUUAGGCCAUAUUGACAUUUUGCAUUUCAACCAAUUACAGGGUGUCUUUUUCUUUUUUUCUUUUUUUUUUCUUUCAUCCAAAUGCAGAUGUUUUGAGUGUUUGAGUUCCUUAGUGCAUAAAUCUCUAAUUUGGUUUAGCUUUCAGGCUCACAGCUUGCCGGUCAUGGUUUAAAUUUACAGUAAGUGGCGGUUUAACAAUCCCGCUCGACCAGCCGUGUUUUCUAUUAGCGUUACCUUUCCUCUUUGCCGAGGUCUAUUAAAAUACCAAAGAGAUUUUUGAGUUUGAACCAUGUGGCGUAAUCCAAUAAAGGGGAUCCGAGAGCACAGUCGUCUUUCAUCUUCUUCCAAUGUCCGCCCUCACAGAGCUGGAGUUAGCAUGUUCACUCACUUCAGCGCUGUCCAACAUCUCUGAGAGUUCAAGCCCGUUUUCUUUCAGCCUUCCCCUCAGGUAGGAAGAAAAGGGUUUUUGCCAGCAUCCUCUUCUUCCUCCGCAUAUGCCAUAUCCUUUCAUCCUUAAAGAUGGGGUAAUCUGGAAAGCUUUUCCUUCUUUAGGACUUUCCACUCCAAGAAGACCUUUUACAUGUCAUUUCACACCUGAAGGAUCUAAGGCUUAGGGUGUGAGCGACUGGGGCAUAUGUGCAUACACCAGUGUUAGAAAUUAACUUUUUUAUUAAGGAGCAAUAUUUUCCCUGCUGGAAUUGAUUUUCAGGGGCAUUUUUACUUGUACAAAGGCAUAUUCUUUCAUAUAAAACACAGUGUAUCGCCCAUUUGUCAAAUGCUUUAGUUUAAUUAGUUAAUUGAAAUAAGCGAUCAAUCUAAACGAUAACAAUUUGCCUUGCUAAAACAGAUUUUCAGGGUCAUUUUUUAACUUUAUGAUUAAGUACAUUUUUUAAUAUGUAUAAAAACACAACCUGUCACUAAUUUAUGUUGAAUACUUCAGUUGAAUCAGCUAAUUGAAAUAAAUUGUCAAUUUAAACAUUAAAUACUUAAAUACUAUAAUGCAUUUUAAACCAUUUUUCAGUCCGUAGAUUGCACAGCUCUGUACUGAACAGUGUAACAUGUCAAAACCGAUUAUAGUUAGGCCUAGAACAGAAUAUCACAAAAUAUAAAUAUCUAAAGCAUUUUUGUCACUAUCAGUGACAUUUUUGCCUUGAACCCUCAGUAAAAUUUUGACCCGGUUGCACACACACUUAUAUCUGUAUGUAUUGGAAGCACUUUUGUGUAUAAUGCAUUCACUUGUAUAAUGCAUUGUCAGGGAGAAUAUCUGUACUGUGUGUCAAUAGUAAUUGGAUGAGACCUAUGAAAAAACAUGAAUUUGAAGCACCUGUAGUGCCAAUUGUGAGCUUACUAUGUGCUGUGUACUACACUCUCAAUUUUAAUGAAGCAUACUUGAAUGAA